GAAAAUCUUACACGAAGUUCUCUGCUUCGAUUCUGAGCACUCUAGUGCGUGCAAGGAGCUCUACGAGGUUCCCAGCUCAAGCUCUCAAGGCUCAAGGCUCCGCGAACGUUCAUUUUCUCCUGCCUGGGGAACCUCCGCGAAGGUGAACGUUGAGCUAGCGUGUUGUUUUGCUCUGCUUACGCAACUGCCCAUCUCCCUGUACAUCUUGCUUGUCAUUGUUUGCCUCUCAUAUUGAUUUCUCGUUGCGGUUUGGUGGUGGCAAUUUGUAUAGGCGGACUUGUUCCUCACUGCCUAGAGUGGUGCUCGUAUUACAUCUUGCUGGUCAUUGUCUGCCUCUCAUACUCAUUUCUCGUUGCGGUUUGGUGGUGGCAAUUUGUAUACGCGGACUUGUUCCUCACUGCCUAGAGUGGUGCUCGUAAGUCUCGUUUCUUCCAGAUCUGCCUUGAGUGGAUUGCAUAUUGAUCUCUUUCGAGUGCGGAUAGCACAUUGAAUUCAUUGUGUGACACUUGUGCUUGUUCCUUCCUCUAUUCUCUUUGCUUCGUCGCCACAUUUCUGACUGAAUUGGACUUUGAUUGUGACUGAAGCCUCACGUGCGGAGCCUCACAUCCAGGCGGAUGCGUCGUGCUCGGGCCUGCCUCUGAGAGGGGUCCGAUCAGCAUCACCAUUCUCUUACAUUCUUUGGUUUGUGCAUGUUGUUUCUUUGAUGGAAAUAUCGUAACACGGUCGGUUGUCGCAUCGUCGAUGUGUCUCUGAGGUUUCGACAUACUUCGGACUUUGUGUGCAUUGACUCUUGCCAUGCUGUGUGUGUGUGUCGGGCAUGCGCGCAUGUUGGUAUAAGAGCUCCGCGUGCUUUUCACUUUGUUCGGCAUAAGAGUUUCGCAUGUGCCCACUUCCGCUCAAAGAGUGGUGGGUGUCUUGCCUUACUCUGUAUGCCGCCCUUUUUCCUGCUAGCGACUGAGCCUCGCGGCCCGCAUAGUCGAUCGCAAAGACCGCAAAUACCAGGGAGACUCGUAGAGCUUCCUUGCUUGUCUACAGUUCGAGUUGAAUCAUGAAAACCAAUACCAUCUCCAAAGAAUUAGGGUAGCUGUGAUUCGCGCGCGUUCCGAACGACUGAGACAUUACUUUCAGCGGCGGUAAUUGGGCCUUGUUGGGCCACUGAUAGGGCGACUGAGUAAUUAUCUCUCUGAGCUUUGCCAGUGUGCUCUGCAUGCGCUGAUGCUAGUACUCUGGGCUACCUGUUGGAAGGGUGCUUCAACAAGUCCACGGUGUGUGAUCACGGCGGGUACUGGGGCCAGGAAACUGUAAAACAUCACACGUUCGUGUUCGCCCCCCUCGGGAGAAGGCUGAUGCCACUGGGCUCACCCGCUUGUGCAUUGUACGGUGCUGAUCUUUUUCGUCUUUUUCCAGUCGCGUUGGUUCGAGCUUUUUGAGGCACAAGCCACGUGAGUACCCUGGUGCAUGGGGAGUGCUGCUCACUGUCGGGAGAAUGCCGAUUGUUGCCAUGGUUUCCGAGGAAUGUUGUAUGAUAUUUACUGUUGUGAUUUCUGCUGUGUUGUUGGGAUGGUCGUCGUGCUGAUUUGUUGCAUUUGGACCUUCAGCGUUUCAGUUGUUCAAAGGUUUGAAACUGACAGAGCCGCCGAGAUGCUCUUUGAGGGCAGCUCUGCGGACCUUUACGCAAGUCAGCUACCCGACGUUCUCCGUGGUGUGUAUUGGAUGGCUGGGAACACUUUUCCAGAACUCAUGGUUGCAUUCCAGGCGGGGUCAUGGGAUCCUGAAGCGCGUCGCAUGCGUCUUCGUUUCGGUGUGCCAUACUCAUGGUCUUAUGACUCGAGUGCAGCUGGAUGGUGGGAGUAUGCGCUUGUCCAGCUUUCUUGGAGCUUUGGGCUUUCGUGCCUAGACUUUGAGUUUAACUCGAACUUCACGUAUGCUCUUCUUCCCUUCAGGGUUUUCGUGGUGAUUGUUGACACAUGGGCAUUGGAUCAAGUCACAGCGGACGGCAACACUUGGACCCGGAAUCGCUUCGAUUCGAACGGUGUUGAGGAGAUCGAGUAUACGAUAAAACGAGUUAUAUCUGCAGGCGGCGAGAGGCUCAGCGCAUUCGACGAGAUGGUGCGAACCACCCGGGACGACAUCGAAGUUCGGAACAUUCCUGGGAUAGAAUACAUGAACAAUUCCAUGUCGUCGAGAAGGAAAACCUACGUGCAGCUGGUGGCGGGAAGGCCUGGCGGAGUAUCCGCGCUGGUGGCAGUGGUCUUGUCUCUCGUUUACCUCGGCUGCUGUGCGGUGUGCGCUCGCAGGACGAAGACCCAGCAGAGGUGCGCGCGCAGCCGCGUGCACCCCGGAAGCCCAGAAGGCCAGCACCCGGCGAUGUCCGAGAGCCACUCGUCUGAAGGGGAAGGAGCACACGUCGUCGAGCAGGCCCGUGCACCCUGAUCUGGCUUUUUGCUCUGGGCGGGCGCAAUGUGUCUCUGGAGCCUGAUGUCCCAAGCAACGAAUUAUCCAGUUGCACCCUGACGGCCCGAGGGUCUUCACAGGGGCCCAAGGCGACCGAAGAGAGCCCGAGAGGUGCCAACACGACCCAAGAGAGGCCCUGAUAGCUCCCAAACUUGUUUGAUACCCUCUGCGAGCGGCAGCAGCAGCAGAGCCAGCAGCAACACGCGGCGUUGCCACACGUGUCAUACCAGAGCGCAGCGUCGUGACGAUGUUGGUU